AUGUAUGUCAAGCAAAUAAUUAUCCAGGGCUUCAAGAGCUAUAAGGACCAAACAGUCAUCGAGCCCUUUUCCCCCAAACACAAUGUCAUCGUCGGCCGCAAUGGUUCCGGCAAGAGUAACUUCUUCGCGGCGAUUCGGUUUGUCCUAAGUGAUGCCUACACCCAUCUUGGAAGAGAGGAGCGCCAGGCUCUUCUGCACGAAGGAUCGGGCUCUGCAGUGAUGUCGGCUUAUGUGGAGAUUAUCUUUGACAACUCAGAUGAUCGAUUCCCCACAGGCAAGCCUGAAUUGGUUCUCCGUCGCACGAUCGGUAUCAAGAAGGAUGAAUACACACUCGAUCGAAAAAAUGCUACUAAGAACGACGUUAUGAAUCUCCUCGAGUCCGCUGGUUUCUCUCGGUCGAACCCCUACUACAUUGUUCCCCAGGGUCGGGUGACCGCUUUGACCAAUAUGAAAGACUCUGAGAGGCUGGUACUUUUGAAGGAGGUUGCCGGAACGCAGGUCUAUGAAGCUCGUCGAGCCGAGUCACUCAAAAUCAUGCAGGAGACGAAUAGCAAGCGCGCCAAGAUCGAUGAAUUGCUAGACUACAUUUAUGAGCGGUUAGCAGAACUCGAAGAGGAGAAAGAUGAACUCCGAAAUUACCAAGAAAAGGAUAAGGAGCGCCGGUGCCUUGAAUACACAAUUUACUCUCGCGAGCAACACGAGAUUGCCAAUGUUCUUGAAAAUUUGGAAGAGGCCCGACAGAAUGGAGUCGAGGACGCGGACAACAAUAGAGAUCAGUUUAUUGAGGGCGAGAAGGCCAUGGCCCAGAUUGAUGCAGAGAUUGCGGAGUGUCGCCAGCAGAUUGAGUUCUUGAGAGUUGAUAAAGCCCAGCUAGAAGACGAGCGCCGAGAGGCUUCCAAAGCCUUGGCUCAAAUCGAACUUCAGGUUAAAUCUCUUUCAGACAACCAGGCGGCUGCACAGGCUCUCAAGUCGCGUCACGAUUCCGAUCUGAAUGCUGUCAAAACAGCAAUCAAUGAGCGCGACGCCGAACUUCAGAAUAUCCUGCCGCUUUUCAAUGCAUCAAAAGACCAAGAAGAUGCUGUCAAGGCUCAGUUGACUGAGGCAGAGACCUCCCGCCAACGUCUUUACGCCAAACAAGGUCGGAAUUCGCGUUUCAAGAACAAGUCUGAGCGAGACAAGUGGUUGCAGAUGGAGAUUCGUGAGACUCAUAGAUCUGUUUCAAAUGUCCAAGGCGUUGUUUCACAAACCCAAGAAGACAUUAAAGAGUUGGAAGGCGAGAUUGCCCUACUUGAGCCUGAAACAGAGCGUUUACGCAAGCAGAUUGACGGCAGGGGUGAUACUAUGCAUAAUGUGGACCAGCAGGUUCAAACUGCAAAAGACGAGCGAGAUCGACUCAUGGACCAAAGAAAGGAGUUCUGGAGAGAAGAGGCGAAGCUUGACUCGGUGCUCUCAAGUGCUUCCCAGGAAAUGGACCGCGCAGAGCGCACUCUUUCUCACAUGAUGGACCACAACACCAGCCGUGGUAUCGCAGCCGUCCGAAGAAUCAAGCGCCAGCACAAUCUUGAGGGUGUCUAUGGUACCCUUGCUGAGCUCUUCGAUGUGAGUGAUAGGUACCGCACCGCGGUUGAAGUUACAGCUGGACAGAGCUUGUUUCACUAUGUUGUCGACACUGAUGAAACUGCCACAACGGUGUUGGAGAUACUGCAAAAGGAGAAGGCAGGCCGUGUUACCUUCAUGCCAUUGAACCGCCUUCGCUCGAGGCCCAUGAGCAUGCCUCGCGCGAGUGACACAAUUCCCAUGAUCGAAAAAUUGCAGUUCGACCCAGCAUAUGAGCGAGCUUUCCAGCAUGUCUUUGGCAAAACAAUCAUUUGUCCGAACUUGCAGGUUGCCUCGCAGUAUGCCCGCAGCCAUGGCGUCAAUGCGAUCACACCCGAAGGUGACCGGUCUGAUAAGCGUGGUGCUUUGACUGGUGGUUACCAUGAUUCCCGUCAGUCCCGACUGGAUGCUGUCAAGAACGUUGGCAAGUGGAGGGAUGAAUACGAGACCAAGCGGAAUCGUGGUACCGAAAUCCGAAAAGAGCUCGAGAAGCUGGAUCAACUGAUCACCAAGGCUGUCGGCGAGCUGCAAAAACUAGAGCAACAGAGGCACCAGGUGCAAAAUAGCAGUGGCCCGCUACGCCAAGAGCUCCGAAGCAAGCGCGACCAAUUGCAAAACAAGACCGACAGCCUUGAUGCAAAACGCCGUGCUCUGCGCAAUGUGGAGUCCAACCUUGCUGCUCUCAACGAUCAGGUCAACGCUUUCCAGACCGAGUUGUCUUCGCCAUUCCAAAAAGCCCUUACCAACGAGGAAGAAGCUAGCUUGGAGACUUUGAGUGGAACGGUGCAGGAGCUUCGUCGACAGUAUCAGGACCUUUCAACCAAGCGUAGCGAGCUUGAGGGUCGAAAGUCUGUGCUGGAAGUCGAACUUCGUGAGAAUUUGAACCCCCGUCUCGAUCAGCUCAUGAACAGAGAUCUCGAUAUGGCGGAGGAAGAGGUCCAGGGUAACCUGAAAGAAACUCAACGUGAGCAGAAGCGGCUUAACCAGGCACUGGAGAAGCUCAACAAACGUCUUGGUCAAGUUGACACCUCGAUUGAGGAGGCCAAUGCCCGUGUUAGCGAUUUGCAACAGCGUAAUUCUGAUACACGACGAAGCAUGGAGGACCUUGCUCGGUCAAUUGAGAAACAUCAACGCCGCAUGGAGAAAAGCAUGCAGAAGAAAGCAGCACUCACUAAACAAGCCGCCGAAUGCGCUGCCAAUAUUCGUGAUUUAGGUGUCCUCCCCGACGAAGCCUUUACCAAGUACAAGAACACCGAUUCCAAUGCGGUUGUGAAGAAGCUCCAUAAGACAAAUGAGGCACUGAAAAAAUAUUCCCACGUCAACAAGAAGGCUUUUGAGCAGUACAAUAGUUUUACUAAGCAACGUGAAACCCUCACGACCCGUCGGGAAGAGCUUGACGCCUCUCAGAAGUCCAUCGAUGACUUGAUAUCCGUCCUGGAUCAGCGCAAGGAUGAGGCGAUUGAACGGACUUUCAAGCAAGUUUCUCGUGAAUUCGCCAACGUUUUCGAGAAACUGGUUCCAGCUGGUCGUGGUCGCCUGAUCAUUCAGCGCAAAACCGACCGCGCAAUGCAACCCGACGAUGAAGUUGACUCCGAUGACGAAGCUGCUCGCCAGAGUGUCGAGAACUACGUGGGCGUUGGCAUUAGUGUCAGUUUCAAUAGCAAGCACGAUGAGCAGCAGCGCAUUCAACAGUUGAGUGGUGGACAGAAGAGUCUUUGCGCUCUCGCCCUUGUCUUCGCCAUUCAAGCCUGUGACCCCGCGCCGUUCUACUUGUUCGACGAGAUUGAUGCCAACCUGGAUGCGCAGUAUCGUACAGCUGUAGCACAGAUGCUUCAGUCGAUCUCCGACUCUACCAAUGGACAAUUCAUUUGCACCACUUUCCGUCCGGAGAUGUUGCAUGUAGCAGAGAAAUGCUAUGGUGUAAGUUUCCGGCAGAAGGCUAGUACAAUCGACGUGGUUUCGCGCGAAGAGGCGCUUAAAUUCGUCGAGGAGCAGAAGACUUGA